CAACAACAACAAGUAAAAACGAAAAGCACAACCUAUUUUACUUGGCUUGUAUUUAUGUAUGCAAAGUGGGUGCCUUUUGAUGCAAAUAACCAAGGGAAACUAGAACAGACAUUACAUUUGGGUGGAACGUUUGUGGAUAUUGAAGAUAGCAACUUUCCCAAGGUCAAGCGAGUGCGGGUGUUUCCAAAGUCGAAUUAUCUUUCUUACCUUGGUGUUAAGUAUCGACUUUCUAGGGUGAUGCAACCUGAUGCUUGGUCUGAU